AUGGAGCAGACCAGGAUGGCAAUACGGCAGCUAUGGGAAACUUGGUAUGGAGACAUUCCGGGAUGGGUUCCGACCAACAAGAACGUCCUAGCUAUGGAGGAGAUUGCAGAGGCAAAUGCACUUGUAGAUGAUGACCAAGAAAAUGGAGAACUUCAUUUCGACGGAGAAAGCUUUCAACCCGGCCAAGAGCGACUCAUAAAAUUAUCAGAUCAGGUAGUCUCCCUCUCGAGCGCUGGGGACUAUGUUGCAGCAAGGAAGUCGAUAGGGAUGGCGCUUCAUACCCUUCAGGAUUUCUAUGCUCACUCCAGCUGGGUCGAGGCAUUGAAUCAAAAAAACGCAGGGGAUCGAAUAUACCCGGGACUUGGAUACCCUAAUACAAUGAUUUACCCCCUUGGCCCUAAAGUCAAGACCUGCUCGAACUGUCGUGCUCAGGUGGCGGUAUUCUGUGGCGAUUGCGACGGAAAUAUCAAGUCAAUUGAUCUCACAUCAGGUUAUUAUAGUGGGGAACCAGCUUUCAAGAAAAAGUCUAGCGCAAAGUGUAGCCAUGGCGGCCCACUCGACUUUUCAACUAUGUAUGACCUGGGUAUCAUUGACUCGGCUGACCUUUUAUUUGGAAAGGAAUACGAAAAUGGCUCUAUAUCAGAUCCUUCAGCCCCAACUGUCUACGACUUUAGGAUAAGCACUUUACAGCCUCACAAACGAGACUUAGUGGCGAGGGCUGCGGUUCUGGAUCAUAAAAUGCAUACGGUUGUCAUGGCCGAUAAUGUUCAUGAGCAUGGGAAAGCGCUGGUACAGGCGAGAGUUGGAGGAAAUAGAAAGCUUUACCCAAUUCAAAUACUAAAACGAGAUUCACACGGGGAUGAGCCAUCGCCCGAUGACUAUGGCUGGAGAGAAAUAGCUAUUGCUACCGGGGGGCACCUAAUUACGUUCCCUGAAAACGAGACAGCUGAAGCUAACGCCCUUUUGGAUAUUCUGUCACGGCCAAACCAUGCCGAGAUUCUUUCAGUGGCAGCAACCAGUAGCGAGGAGAACCCUGGCUGCGAAUUUAUCUUCCCAAUCGACUCUAGUUUAAAGUCGCUGGUAAUAUCUACAAGCGGGGUUUCAUCUUUAAAAUUAUUUAACUCUAAUGGAUCUCCCUACAGUUCAUCAUCUACAACCGAUACCAACAUCAGAAGAGUCGGAAACACCAUUGCCCUCAAUUUUACCUCGAUGACAAUUCCGCCCCCUGGUUUCUACCGCAUUUCUCUAAAGUCUACUACCCAUUACACUCUAUCCAUAUCCGGGGAGAGUAGUUUAUCUAUAGUAUCAUUUUAUCUCGCCGAAGCUGGGGGUCGGCCGCAACAUCGCGCAUACUUCCCAAUUCCAAGCUAUCCCAUCGUUGGUGAGAAGUCAAUGGUGAAGGCGCAUAUUCACGGUAAUUUCACGGAUGCAAAAUUUGAGUUUCGUACCAAGGGGGGUGCCCUGAUCGCCUCCCAGGAUACAGUUCGCAGAGAGGUAGAUCCUGAAGACACUGCAACAAUGUUUUACGGUAAUAGCACAGCAAUACCUGAGGGCGAAUUCAUGGCCUACCUCACGGGUAUAAAUGACGAUGGCGAUGAAUUCCAAAGAGUGGUUCCUCUUAUGCUAUCGUCUUCUAAACUAAAGCUUACUGCACCCACUAUACAAAGAAUGACGGCCGGCGAACCACAAAAGGUUACUAUUGGGCUCACGAAUUUUAACAGUGUCCCAGACACUUACGAUGUCUUCGCAGUUGAUAGCAAAGAUUCUAUUGUAGAAGUCACUCAUGCGAGUGUCUAUUUAGAGCCGGGGGCGUCUGGAUCUUUCGAUGUCCAUUUGCUCCCCAAAACUAACUCUACUAUUGGUAUGACUGGGAUUGUUUUUGGAGCGAAGGGUCGGACGACGCAGGGAAAUAUGUCCUUACAGCGAUUCGUCCUGGAGCCCGAAGCAAAACCUCUAUCAUACUCAAGGAUCAAGUACCAUCAAUAUGCGAACGAGACCGGACAGUUGAUUGAGAGACUUAAAAUGGGCAAGAAAAGGUAG